AUGGGGGAUUCUGGUGGAGAAAUAAUUCACUGUGGACCAUGUGAGUAUGAAAAUGUUACUAAGAAGGCAGCAAAAUGGUGCUCUGACUGUGAUGAAGGGUAUUGUGACGAAUGUUUGAGAUUGCAUAAAGCUGCAAAAAUGUCCAGACAACAUCAUUUGGUUACAGUUUCAGAAUACCUGAAGGUUGGACAAAUGACAAUUCCACAGAUUUGUCAAGUACAUCAGAAAACCUAUGAAUAUUUCUGCCCAGGGCAUGACAGCGUGAUUUGUAUUUUAUGUGUUCAGUCAGAACACAGUAAAUGCCAAGAUCUAUUAUCCCUAAAGGAUGCCGCAAAGGGAGCCAAAACAUCUACUGCACUGAUUGACUUAGAACUAAAUAUUGAUAAUUUAAUGGAAAAUAUCGAAAACGGAUUAAAGUUCCAAGACAAAAAUUUAGGUAGUAUUUUAGAAACCGAAAAAGGUAUAAAGAUGGCAAUACAGGCAGAACAUGAAGAAAUUAUUUUGUAUUUUGAUAGACUGCUUAAAAAAACACUGAUCCAGUUGACAGCGAAAUACGGACAUUGUCAGCAAGAAAUAUCGUCUUCGAAAAGUACAUUACUCAAAAAACAAACACAGCUUAGAUAUAUCAAGGAUAGAAUUUUUCAGAUGAAAACAUGUUUAUCUGAUGUUCAAGCCUUUGUCGGAAUAAAAACUAUGACAGAAAACUCGAACAAAGAAAAAGAAAUAGUUAAAUCACUAGUGACUGAUAUGUCAUCUUUGGUCCUUAAAUUUGAAACAAAUCUUAAGAUUCAAUCCAGUUUAGAGAACAUAGAGAUGUAUGGCACAACUACUAUGGCUACAUCAAAGAGUUGCGAAACGUUUGUUGAACCAAAGGUAGAACAAGCCCAACUCAAAAUCACGUCUGUGAAGAGCGUAGAGACUAUUCAAUUAAAGCUUAAAAACAUAAUAAAUCUCGAAGGCGUCCCUUGCGAUAUAAUUAACUGUUUGAUUUUACCAAAUAAACAAAUAAUGAUUUGGGAUCUAAACAAAGUGUUUUUGAAUAUUUAUAAUGAGAAUGGAUCGCAUGAUCGUGAUAUCGCACUUCCAUUUCCUCCAUUUGAUGCAACUAUCAUAGGUCGCAGUAAAAUUGUCGUUACAUUUACCGACAAAAAUAUUGCUAUCGUCGACAUUGCCUCUGAUCGAAUUGAACGGAAUAUUGAACUCGAUGUUUUAAACUGGAUUUGGGGUAUAUCACACGAUAAUGGGAAGUUGUAUGUUGUAUCAUAUGAGCAGGGGAUUAAUGUUUUAGAUCUAUCUGGAUGCUUUAUUAAUAAUUAUCCAGUAGACGUUGAAAAUGUAUAUAACCUGGUGACUUCUUCAGGAAAUGUUAUAUAUUCUAAUGACGAGGGAGAUCUGGUUUGUUUAGGCAAAGAUGGAAGUCAAUCAUGGGUUUAUUGUAAUAGUGAUUUAAAGCAUAGUAACCAUUCUUCAAGUAUUACAGCAGACGCAAGAGGCAAUGUAUAUGUAGCUGGUGAGCAGUCAAAUGUCAUUAUGGCUAUAUCGAAUAAUGGCAAAACCCAGCAGAUUAUCCUAACUGACAAGGACGGUCUUGAAAACCCAAGUGCAAUUUAUUACAGUAAAGAAUACAAUCUGUUAUUAGUCUGCAAUAGACAAAAUAGACACGCAGCUGUGUAUGAAGUUCGUUGGUAA